UAUAAGGUCUCACUACACAAUUUACUUCCGGAUGGCGAUUCAUUCAUCACGCGCCCACGGCCCACGAUAGUUCCUAAUAAUAAUAUUGUGAAGGGACAUAGUGUGGGAGGCCAGACGACACCCCCACCCCUACCCCACCCCCACCCCACCCCCACCCCACCCCGGAUGAGGCUAAAACACUUUACAGUGUAAUAUUAGGUUAUUCAUGUAGACAAAAGGAGUGAAGAGCCAUUAUGAAUCAAGACCAGUUGAAUACUCUUGGGAAAGGUCUUGAAGUUCUUUACCGGGUCAACGACAACCUCAGUGGUGGACAUUCCGUUUAUAGUGCUUCGAUAAUCAUUACCAACAGAUGUCAAAUCCCUUUACCACUGGCACUUUGGACCAUUUACUUCUGCCAUGACCGCAUGAUUCAACCCGAAUCUCUUCCAAGACCGGAAGGAUAUGUUUUUGAAGAUGCUAAAGUGAAGAUAAACCAUGUUAAUGGAUGUCUUUUCCAACUACAGCCUGUGAAUGGAUUCAAAGGACUGAAAGAACAUGAAUCUCUAGAAGUAAAUUUCCAUGCAAAGGCAUAUUCUGUUGCUAGAAGUGACCUUUAUCCAAAUUGGUAUAUUGUCUUGGAUGACUUGGAACCAGAGUUAAUUGCAAGCACUGUUGGUGAAGGGCUGACGUUCGUUGAACCCUUUAAGAGCCCAGCUCAGUGGAAAAGGUUUGAUUAUGAGUUGUCUAGUGGACGGUACAAAUAUGACUUAUAUGAUCCUUUCACACCUGAAGUACGCUUUGAAAAGAAUAAAGCUAAAAAUAUAGAAAGAGCUGGUAAAUAUGUUAUUCCAACGCCAAAAGAAUGUCAAGUGAAUGAAAGUAACUUUGUGGACUUGAAAGAGAACACUUGGGCUGUUGCUGCGGAUAAACCAUUUACAACAGAAGCAUGGUACAUUGCAGAUAAAAUUGGUGCUAAGAUUGCUGAUCAGGAUGUAAAUGGAAGUCCAGAACCCCGUACCCAUUUGAUUUUGUUGAAAUUUGCCAAGUUGCCAGAUAAGGAGCAGUACUGCCUACGAGUGGAUCCCAAGAACGACUCUAUCACCAUUGAAGCAAGAGGAUCUGCUGGCAUGUUCUAUGGAAUCCAGUCUUUGUUGGCACUUGUACAUGGAGAUCGUGUACCAGAAGUUGUUAUCAUGGAUAAACCAAGGUUUCAGUACAGGGGCAUGCAUGUCGAUGUAUCUCGUAACUUUCACCCUAAAGAAGAGAUUUUCAAGCUGCUGGAUGCUAUGGCAAUGUACAAGUUGAAUAAGUUUCAUUUUCAUCUCACUGAUGAUGAAGGUUGGCGUUUGGAGAUUCCUGGACUUCCAGAACUCACAGAGAUUGGCAGUAAACGUGGUCAUGACAUGUCCGAGAAAACAAGUCUACUACCUCUACUGGGCUCGGGACCCAAACCAUGUCUGCCUGGCUCAGGUUAUUACAGUGUGGAUGAUUACAAGGAAAUCCUUAAGUAUGCCAAUGAGCGCCACAUAGAAGUGAUUCCCGAGAUAGAUGUUCCCGGCCACAGCCAUGCAGCAAUCCGAUCCAUGGAGGCCAGGUACCACCGGCUGAUGAAGAAAAACGAAAGAGAUGCCACGGCAUACUUGCUGACAGACAUGCAAAUGAAGGGAGAGAGCAUAUCAAGUCUAAUGUUCAUUGAAAACUCUCUCAACCCGGGGUUGGAAUCGACGUACACAUUCAUUGAGAAGGUUAUAGUUGAACUGAAAGCGAUGCACAAGGAUCACAACGAGUUGAGAAUGUUUCACUUUGGUGGUGAUGAGGUUCCGUUCGAAGCGUGGGAAGAUUCUCCUGCGUGUCGGGCUCUGAUCGAUGCGGGUGUUGUUUCGUCAUUCGAUGGUCUUAUGGAGUAUUUUGUGUUGAGAGUGGCAGAGCUGGCAAAGAAGCAUGGGCUUGAUAUCGGGGCGUGGCAGGAUGCUGUGGUCCCACAUAAAAAACGUCCGUUAAUACCAAGACUGAAGUUCCCCAAUGAAAACAUCACAGUGUUUGCAUGGAAGAACGUCUGGGAAACUGGAAUGGCAUCGGAUGCCUACUUGCUGGCUAAUGAUGGGUAUAAGGUUGUCAUGUCCCAAGCAACGCAUCUCUACUUUGAUCACCCCUAUGAACCUGACCCAGAAGAGCGUGGCUUGUACUGGGCCACACGUUACAUAGACACCCACAAGACAUUCAGUUUCACACCCAGCAGUCUGUACGCCAAUGCCGAUUACAAGAUCACUGGAGAAGCUAUUCAAGAGGAUGAUAGUUUCAUGACAAAUAAAGUUCAACUGGAGAAGAGUGAAAACAUUAUUGGUAUGCAAGGCCAGCUGUGGAGUGAGCUUGUUAGGAAUUCCAAUCAGUUUGACAACAUGGUGUUUCCCCGCCUUGUUGCCCUGGCAGAACGAGCCUGGCACAGAGCAUCAUGGGAGGACACUACAGAUGGCAGGGUUAACAAGGAAAAGCAGUCUGCAGACUGGGAGCUGUUCGCCAACUCGUUAGGCCACAGGGAGUUUAGCAGGAUGGAUGAACUAGGCAUUGCUUACCAUCUGCCUCCACCAGGUGCAAGGUUCUGUUUGAAGACUAGAAGACUUAAAGCAAACUGUGCAUAUCCUGGUCUUCCCAUUGAACUGAGCCUAGAUGGAGGUAAAACAUGGAAGAGAUACAAUUCCUUUGAGAUAGUGGACCAAGCAGUAGUGUUACUUAGGACAUGCUCUGCUGAUGGAAAACGCCAGAGUCGGCAAAUAGAAUUCAAGAUGCAGACAUGAAUACAAAUCAGAUUUUAUUAUGAACGUUAAUUUAAAUAUUACGCUGCAGUAGUUUUUAGCUGAAGUACAGUUCACUAACAUUUGGUUCACGUUCUUCAGAAACGAGUCACUAAAGUUGAUUCCAGCCAUACCCAUUUUGAAUUGUCCAGGAUUAACAUUUCAUUGGCUUAAUCAUAUCCAUUGAUACUAGGACUGUGACAAACUUCUCAACAAUUGGAGAUCUAAAUAGUAUUCAAGAAUGGUCCUUUGUACAAGAGUUUGCAAUGUUUUGUAGUGUUUAAGCUCAAAUUCUUUUCAUUCCCAUCAAAAGUACAUUGCUGGAAACUGUUAACAGUAAUUUACUUGGCAGUAUUUGUUUUGUUAAUGAUUUUGGGAUUAGCCCAUUCAACCUUGUGAACUGCUUGGGACAAGACCGCUUAAAAAGUAUGGAUAGUACUGUGAAGAAAUCUACAUAUAGAUGGGAGAGAACAUAAUAACAGAACCUUGCUUCACACUGUGGUCUAGAUAGGUGGUUCUUAAACUGGGGCAAUAUUUCUAGAUAGGUGGUUCUUAAACUGGGGCAAUAUUUCUAGAUAGGUGGUUCUUAAACUGGAGCAAUAUUUCUAGAUGGGUGGUUCUUAAACUUUGGGAGUAUUUCUAGAUGGGUGGUUCUUAAACUGGGGGAGUAUUUCUAGAUGGGGGGGGUGGUUAAACUGGGGGAGUAUUUCUAAAUAGGUGAUGGUUCUUAAACUGGGGGAGUAUUUCUAGAUGGGUGGUUCUUAAACUGGGGGAGUAUUUCUAGAUGGGUGGUUCUUAAACGGUGUGUGUGUGUGUAUGUGUGUGUGUAUUUCUAGAUAGGUGGUUCUUAAACUGGGGCAAUAUUUCAAGGGGUUCACAAGGGAUACGAGGUCUGUGCUGCAUUCCUGCUUACUAUGCAAACAAGAGUACCAGUGAGGUACAUCAGGAGUUUGAUGGAAAACUAUAGAUAUUAAUUAAUAUGUUAUGGGUACGAUUCACACCACCAUCCCAAGUUGUUCCUACAUGUGGUUUGAUGGUCCUGUAUGCAAGAUAUGGUCCGGAUAAGAAAACGUUGACAGACGAACGGACAAUGCCAUAUCAUAAUUCAACCCAUCAUAGACUGCGUAUAAAAAUGGAAUUAGUUGGUCCUUAAAAAAGUGCAGGUUAUAAGAACCACUGUUCUGUUUAGUGAAAUGCAUGUACAAUAAUAUGUUUUCAGAUACCACUGUAUCAUACUUUUCAGUCACUCUGAUCCAUGUUGGAACUGCACCAGUUUUGGGAACUGAUCUGUUUACGGUUUAUUUCUAUUUCUAGUUUUGUUACGGACUAUAUUACAUGUUGAGAUGUCUGAUUAAAAGCUACAAGAAGUACAAUUAUUUUGGAAUACUUGAGGGAUAAAUAAAAUAUUUUUUCAUUA